CGGCACGGUGGUUGGGCUGCGGCGGACGCUGUGCCGGGGAUGCUGGCGUUCGCCCGGUAGCGCCCCGAUCCGGGUCGGGUGGUCUCGUUCUCCGCCUUCGCGCUGUGAGGGAACGGUGCUGGUUUCCCAGGCCCGGGGCGGCUCUGUGGCGGACCUCGCUUGUUGCCCAACGGAGGCUUACGAGCCCAAGACAGUGUAGAAUAAUGUAUGUCAAAUCAAUCAUUCUCGAAGGAUUCAAGUCCUAUGCACAAAGGACUGAAGUCAAUGGUUUUGACCCCCUCUUCAAUGCUAUCACUGGUUUAAACGGCAGUGGAAAAUCCAAUAUUUUGGACUCCAUCUGCUUUCUCCUAGGCAUCUCCAACCUGUCUCAGGUGCGGGCUUCUAAUUUACAAGAUCUAGUUUAUAAGAAUGGUCAGGCUGGAAUUACCAAAGCCUCCGUUUCAAUCACUUUUGAUAAUUCUGACAAAAAGCAAAGUCCUUUAGGAUUUGAAGCUCAUGAUGAAAUCACAGUUACAAGACAGGUGGUUAUUGGUGGCAGAAAUAAAUAUCUAAUCAAUGGAGUGAAUGCCAAUAACACCAGAGUCCAGGAUCUCUUCUGUUCCGUGGGCCUGAACGUUAACAACCCUCACUUCCUCAUCAUGCAGGGCAGAAUUACAAAAGUAUUAAAUAUGAAACCACCAGAGAUAUUAUCAAUGAUUGAAGAAGCUGCUGGAACCAGAAUGUAUGAGUACAAAAAAAUAGCUGCCCAGAAAACUAUAGAAAAAAAGGAGGCUAAACUGAAAGAAAUAAAAACGAUAUUGGAAGAAGAGAUUACUCCAACUAUUCAAAAAUUAAAAGAGGAAAGAUCUUCCUACUUGGAGUACCAAAAAGUAAUGCGAGAAAUAGAGCACCUGAGUCGUUUAUAUAUUGCUUAUCAGUUUUUGCUGGCUGAAGAUACCAAGGAGCGCUCAGCUGAGGAGCUAAAGGAAAUGCAGGAUAAAAUAUUAAAACUUCAAGAAGUGCUGUCUGAGAACGAAAAGAAAAUAAAGGCUCUCAAUUGUGAGAUAGAAGAGUUGGAGAAACGAAAAGAUAAGGAAACCGGAGGCGUACUCCGCUCUUUGGAGGAUGCUUUCGCAGAGGCCCAGCGAGUCAAUACUAAGACUCAAAGUGCAUUUGACCUCAAGAAGAAAAACCUGGCCAGUGAAGAAACCAAACGCAAAGAACUAGAAAAAAAUAUGCUUGAGGACUCUAAAACAUUAGCUGCAAAGGAAAAAGAAGUUAAGAAGAUAGCAGAUGGACUGCACAGCCUUCAGGAAGCAAGUCAUAAAGAUGCUGAAGCUUUGGCUGCGGCACAGCAGCACUUCAAUGCUGUUUCUGCUGGUUUGUCCAGCAAUGAAGAUGGAGCAGAAGCUACUCUGGCUGGUCAGAUGAUAGCCUGUAAAAACGAUAUAAGUAAAGCCCAGACGGAGGCCAAGCAGGCGCAGAUGAAGUUGAAGCAUGCCCAGCAAGAGCUAAAGAACAAGCAAGCAGAAGUUAGGAAGAUGGAUAGUGGCUACAAGAAGGACCAAGAAGCUUUUGAAGCUGUAAGAAAAGCUAAGGAAAAACUUGAGACUGAAAUGAAGAAACUAAAUUAUGAAGAAAACAAAGAGGAGAGGCUUCUGGAAAAGCACAGGCAGCUCUCUCGUGACAUCAAUAACCUGAAAGGAAAUUACGAAGCUCUCUUGGCCAGAUUUCCAAACCUUCGGUUUGCAUACAAGGAUCCUGAGAAGAACUGGAAUCGGAAUUGUGUGAAAGGACUUGUAGCUUCUCUGAUAAAUGUAAAAGAUAAUUCUGCAGCCACAGCUCUGGAAUUGGUGGCUGGUGAGCGACUCUACAAUGUAGUAGUAGACACAGAGGUUACUGGUAAGAAGCUACUAGAAAAGGGGGAGUUGAAGCGUCGGUACACAAUCAUUCCUCUGAAUAAAAUUUCAGCCCGAUGUAUUGCUCCUGAAACUCUGAAGGUCGCUCAGAAUCUUGUUGGCCCUAACAACGUCCAUGUAGCUCUUUCCUUGGUUGAAUAUAAACCAGAACUUCAAAAAGCAAUGGAAUUUGUCUUUGGAACAACAUUUGUUUGUAACAACAUGGAUAAUGCCAAAAAAGUGGCCUUUGAUAAAAGGAUAAUGACUAGGACUGUGACUCUUGGUGGUGACGUGUUCGAUCCUCAUGGGACAUUGAGUGGAGGUGCCAGGUCCCAGGCAGCUUCUAUUUUAACCAAGUUUCAAGAACUCAAAGAUGUUCAGGAUGAACUGAGGAUCAAGGAGAAUGAGCUACAGGCUCUAGCAGAAGAAUUAGCAGGUCUUAAAAAUAUUGCUGAAAAAUAUCGCCAACUGAAACAGCAAUGGGAGAUGAAGACCGAGGAGGGAGAUUUGCUGCAAACCAAACUUCAGCAAAGUUCUUACCAUAAACAACAAGAGGAAUUAGAUGCACUUAAAAAGACCAUUGAGGAAAGUGAGGAAACAUUAAAAAACACCAAAGAAAUCCAAAAGAAAGCCGAAGAAAAGUAUGAGGCAUUGGAGAAUAAAAUGAAAAAUGCAGAAGCUGAAAGAGAGAAAGAACUAAAGGAUGCUCAGAAAAAACUGGAUUGUGCCAAAACAAAGGCAGACGCAUCUAGCAAGAAAACGAAAGAAAAGCAACAGGAAGUUGAAGCUAUCACUCUGGAGCUGGAAGAGCUCAAAAGAGAACAUGCUUCUAAUAAACAUCAGCUUGACGCUGUGAAUGAAGCCAUCAAAGCCUAUGAAGGUCAGAUUGAAAUGAUGGCAGCUGAGGUAGCUAAAAAUAAGGAAUUAGUAAAUAAAGCUCAAGAAGAGCUGACAAAGCAAAAAGAAAUAAUAACGGCCCAAGACAAUAUAAUUAAAGAAAAAUGUGCAGAAGUGGCUAAACACAAUUUACAGAACAAUGAUUCUCAACUUAAGAUUAAGGAGUUAGACCACAGCAUCAGCAAACAUAAGCGUGAAGCCGACGAUGCUGCUGCAAAGGUAUCCAAAAUGUUGAAUGAUUAUGACUGGAUUAGUGCUGAGAAGCACCUCUUUGGUCAACCUAACAGCGCCUAUGAUUUCAAUACAAACAACCCGAAAGAAGCUGGUCAGAGACUUCAGAAGUUACAAGAAGUGAAAGAGAAGCUAGGAAGAAGUGUCAACAUGAGAGCUAUGAAUGUCCUGACGGAAGCCGAGGAGCGGUAUAAUGAUUUGAUGAAGAAGAAAAGAAUUGUAGAAAAUGACAAAUCCAAAAUCCUUGCCACUAUCGAAGAUCUUGAUCAGAAGAAAAACCAGGCCCUAAAUAUUGCUUGGCAAAAGGUAAACAAAGACUUUGGCUCUAUUUUUUCUACCCUUUUGCCUGGUGCCACUGCUAUGCUUGCACCACCAGAAGGACAGACAGUUUUAGAUGGUCUGGAGUUCAAGGUUGCCUUAGGAAAUACAUGGAAAGAAAACCUAACUGAGCUUAGUGGUGGUCAGAGGUCUCUAGUGGCUCUGUCACUAAUAUUGUCCAUGCUCCUCUUCAAACCCGCUCCAAUUUAUAUCUUGGAUGAGGUGGAUGCAGCCUUGGAUCUUUCUCACACGCAGAACAUUGGGCAGAUGCUGCGGACACACUUCACACAUUCUCAGUUCAUUGUGGUGUCCCUCAAAGAAGGUAUGUUCAACAAUGCAAACGUCCUCUUCAAAACCAAGUUUGUGGAUGGUGUUUCUACAGUAGCUAGGUUCACUCAGAGUCAAAAUGGGAAGAUUCCAAAGGAAGCAAAGUCCAAAGGAAAAGAACCCAAAUGAACAUGUGCUGGAAGUUCAGAGAACAGACUUCUUACCUUGGCCUGCUUUUACACAUUAAUGUUCAAGAAUUUGGGUCUAAGUUGUUUAUAUAAUAACAUCAUCAUUAUUUUACUUAAGUCUUCUUUUUAUCACUUGUAAAAGAAUAGAUUCCUCUUUUCUUGCCUAGUGUGAUUAUGAUCUAAUUAUUGUAUCUAUGAUUACAUGAAUAUCAUCAACUUUUUUUUUACUUAGAAAAAUCUUUUUAUGUAUUAAGGAACCUGAGAUAUGCCUCGCUGUUAAAUUCUGAUGCAAAAGCCAAAAUAUAAAGAAACAGAUGAAGUUAUAGGAAAACUAUAGCUGACAACAUUUAACUAGUUUAAUUUCUAAGGGCAAUAUUAAUGAAUUUUCUUUUGCUUAUAAAAUCAUUUGAGUCUAGAAUAUUUAUAAAGCAUGUCUCUGACCAGCAAAGGGAACACAGCAAUGAUGGAUGCACUGAGCUGAGACCAGUCCUGUGGGAAUACCAUGCCAGAUUCUCAGAUGGGAAAUGGAGAUUGAGAAAAUGUUUCACUUUAAUGGUGUUGGGCUAUCAUGUUUGUAUAUGUGUGAUAAUUGAUUGGUCUUUGGGAAUUUUAAUAGAAGCUUGGGGAGAAAUGUGCUGCACUGUUUUACACUUGUUUCCCUUGGUAUUACUUUAUCUAAAGUCCUCUAAUAUUUUUUCAAGGUUUUUGUCAGAUUUUUCAUAAUCCAAUCAAUAGCCUUUUGGUGAAUAUAGGACGUAGCAGAUUAAGUGAAAAAUAUAUUUUGUAAGAAUCUGAUAAACCUAAAUCUGUCUUUUCUACCAAAAUAGCCCAAAGGCUUGAUGAUUGAUUUAAUUAGUGCCUUCUGCCUGUCCUGAUCAAAUGGUGAGACUCCUUUAGGAAAGCAGGAGGCGGAGCUAAUACCUGAGAUCCUCACUUGCAGUCUCUCUAGACAAAAUUCCACCUCAACAACACCUCCACACUUGGAAUCCUCAGAACUCUGAUGUGAUCUAAUCUGAUUUUACAUAUUUUGGUCCCAUAUUUCUUCCUGAUAUAUAAGCUUUAGUUGCUUGAUGUUCUACUUUUUCUCAUAUAUUUUACAAACCCUGAGUUGGACAUUUCUCAAACUUCAUUUGCCAUACAUAUCUGUGAUGCCCUUAGGUAAUUUGUACCCUGGGACAUAUUAGAAAUGAUUUCGUCUGGAGUAGUUCUGUCUACUUUGGGAGAGAAGAAACUAAGCUGUAAAUACUGACCUACAGACAGUAUUGAUCACAGAUAAUGGACAUUUCCCCAAGGUAUUAUAAACUGUUGGUCAAAACAGUUGUGUCUAGUCACAGUAUCAGUCAUACAGUAUUCUAAUUUGAUCACAAUCUAAUCAAUGCAAACUGUUAAUAUUUUAGAUUAUGCAGUUAUAAAAUAGCAUUGAAUUGCUGUUUUAGCCAACAUUUUUAAAAUCACUUAUAAGGUUGACCAUUUUAUGUGUUUUCCUUUCUUUGACUAUAAAUUAUUUCCUUGUAUGCUUUUUUUUUGUAUUAUGUAUAAUUUUGCUUUUUGAAAAUUCUUGUGCAUAUAUUAAAUUUCUGUA